ACCAAAAUCGAUGGUACUCAACGCGUGGAAGGGGCAAAGGCUUGAAGGUGGGUGGGGUUUUCUUUUACUACCAAAAUCGAAUAAUCAUUCUUCCACGAAUAUAUUGCUUCACUAGGAUCUAACCUUCAUUGAUUUAACCAAAAAUAAUUUACUUUCUAUCGAUCUUCUUUGGAUAGCGUUCAUUCAUUCCGAUCCCAAUUUUUUUUUGUAUAUAUAAUUUUGGGGUUUGGGAUCAGUGUAAAUGGAGAAGGUGAUGAACAUUCUGAAACCGAAGCCAAAUCCUCAACAGUUGUUAAGAGAUUGGCAACGAAGGCUUCGCCAAGAGUGUCGAAACAUUGAACGCCAAAUUCGCGAUAUUCAGAGAGAAGAAAAAAAUGUUCAGAAAGCUAUUAGAGAAGCUGCAAAGAGGAAUGACAUUGGCUCUGCAAAGGCACUAGCUACGGAACUUGUGAGAUCCAGGAAAACAGUGAACCGUCUUCAUGAAAAUAAGGCGCAAUUGAAUUCAAUAUCAAUGCAUCUUGGAGAAAGUGUUGCAAUUGCUCGUACUGUGGGACAUCUGUCGAAGAGUGCUGAGGUUAUGAAGCUUGUCAAUAACCUCAUGAAGGCUCCUGAAAUGGCUGUGGCUAUGCAAGAGUUUAGCAAAGAAAUGACAAAGGCAGGUGUUAUUGAAGAGAUAGUAAACGAUGCUGUUGACUCGGCAUUAGAUUCCGAGGACAUAGAGGAUGAGAUAGAAGAAGAAGUUGAUAAAGUCUUAACCGCCAUAGCGGGUGAGACAGCCGCACAACUUCCUGAAGCUGUGAAGAAACCAAAGGUGAAACAACCUGCUCAAAGUGUUAGAGCUGCAGAGGAGGAAGAGGCUAUAGCCGAGGGCGUUGAUGAUGAGGAGGAAAUGGAAGAAAUAAGGGCAAGACUUGCUAAAGUUAGGUCAUAAAAAGUUUAUACUUUCUAGUCUUACAAUGCAGCCUCUACAUUGUACCCUGAUGAUAUAAGAGUUUAGAGAUGUUGACAUCUUUGUAUCCCAUUUGUCAUAUUUGUAUUGGAAAAGAUGACUAAUAUUACCAAUGGCAACAUAGUUCAUAUGUAAAUUACACGAGAUUCUUGGAAUAUCAAGCUAUAUAUUUUUAAGUUUAUUAGAUUAA